UCGCGGGAGGUGAGAGCAAAGAUCCUAUUGGGUGAGAGGGCAACAGCGCCGGGUAGCCGCCGGUUCCUGCUCAUUUUUCACCGCUUCCCUGGUUCGGCCUUAACUCGGGAUAAACAUGGCGAGAAGGAGAGCCGAUGAGGUGGGACAGCAAUCAGGCUCGGUCCUGAACGAUGUCAGCCCACGUACAGCGGAGCCUGUGGACGACGAGAGCGGCCGAAGCGGUGGCGAGGACGUUAAAGAGCAAACACCAGAAGGGGGUUCAACCCGAAUGUCUCUCUUCAUUCUUUUUUCUACAUUCCUCUCAGCUGCUUUUAUUAUGUACUUAGUGUACAGGAAUUUCCCAGAGCUUGAAGAAGAGGAGCGAAAAACCAUUGUAAUUCCUAAGGACAUGGAUGAUGCCAAGGCAUUGGGGAAAGUUCUUUCCAAAUACAAGGACGCUUACUAUGUACAAGUGUUAGUUGCAUUCUUCACAACAUAUAUUUUUUUACAAACCUUUGCCAUACCAGGUUCCAUAUUUCUUAGCAUCCUUUCUGGAUUUCUGUAUCCUUUCCCAUUGGCACUUUUCCUCGUCUGCCUGUGUUCCGGUCUUGGGGCUUCAUUCUGCUACAUGCUCUCAUAUUUAGUUGGUCGACCAAUUGUUUAUAAAUAUCUAACGGAGAAAGCAACAAAAUGGUCACAACAGGUCGACAAGCACAGGGAUCAUCUUAUUAAUUAUAUAAUAUUUUUAAGAAUUACUCCUUUCCUGCCGAACUGGUUCAUUAACAUCACGAGUCCUGUAAUAAAUGUACCCCUGGGUGUCUUUUUCAUUGGCACAUUCUUAGGUGUAGCACCCCCAUCAUUUGUGGCUAUCAAAGCUGGCACAACUCUUUACCAACUUACAACAGCAGGAGAAGCUGUCUCUUGGAAUUCAGUCUUUGUCCUCAUGUUCUUGGCAGUUGUCUCCCUCCUUCCAGUGUUUUUCCAGAAAAAACUGAAGCAAACGUUCUCUUAGCUGUGUUGCAAUCUUACAACUCAUAACUUGGAUCAGAAUUUAUCUUUAAGUGGAUGUCCACUAAGUGGGUUGUAGUAAAGAGUAUAUUUGAAAUUUGGAAUUUGAUAGAUCAGUCUUUUUUUUUUAUGAAAAUGCACAUUUUAAAAAUAUGAUAAAUUCAUUAUUUAUUCAUAAAACCAUCACCUUUCCUUGCUUUUACAUCUUUGGCAUUGUCUGAGAUAAUAUAGUGAAGGUAGCUUGCUUUUAUUAUUAACAUGGCUACAUUAUACAAUAAAAUUCUAAACUGAGUGAAGCACUUGCUAAUAUUGCAGGUCUAUCCCAAAUUCCCUUGUCCUUAGCCACAAACUAAAAGCAAAAUACAAUGGAGCAGAAUUUUGGAAGUGUAGAAUGAAAAGUGGAACAAAUGCUGCGUUCACGUUUACCAUUACAUUCGGGGAAGAAUCUCUAACUUUUUUUUCCUGUUUUGUGGUUCAAUAUUGUGGAAACAUUUAUGCAGGGUUUUUAAAAGGUUCUUUUUAAAAAGUGGCAUACACCUUCAACAGUAUUAAGAACUGCAAUAAAUUCUCAUUCUUAAUGUAUUAUUAUUUGUAUUAUACAUGUUUUUGGUCCUAAAACAAUAUCACAUAGAAUUUCCUGGUGCAAAUCUUUAUUGGAAAGGAUGAAGUCAAGAUUAUUUAUUGUUAUUUCUGCAUUCAGCCCCAAUGUACUAUCUUUUUUCUCCCAGGUAUGGCUAUACACUGUAAAUGUUCACAUAUUGUAUGAUCCUACAGAAUAAGUAAAAGUGCACUGUAUACAACUGUACAUUUCUUUAAAAUGUAUUAUAAUUUGUCUUCUGUACUGAUAAUUAAAAAAAAUGCCCACUAGGUGGCACGUGACUCCAAAAAUCCAAUGUUAUAAAGAUUAUAAUGAGGUGAA